CACCGCCACCACGCCACGCUCGCCUCCGCUCCACUCCAUUUCAAAAUCUCCGCCACCCCCACACCCCACGCAUUUCCACAAACACCUUCCUUCCCCCCAUGUCUCCGACCGCCUCGCCAUCCCCCGCCGCCGCCGCGGUGGCGCCGCCCAAGCCGCCUGGGGCUGGGGCCAAGCGCAGCCUGAUGGCGUCGCUGAUGGAGGCCACCGCGCUGCUGCGGUCGUCGUCGUUCAAGGAGGACUCCUACGUGGCCUCCGCGCUCCCGGCCUCCGACCUCCGCGCGCUCGCCGACCUCAGGGCGCUGCUCUCCACCCACCCGGAUCCCAUCUCCAUCUGGGGCGUCCCGCUCAACCCUCCUCCCCCCGGCCCCGCCGACGACCGCGCCGACGUCGUGCUGCUCAAGUUCCUCCGCGCGCGGGACUUCCGCGUCCGCGACGCGCACGCCAUGCUGCUCCGCUGCGCGGCGUGGCGGGCCGAGUUCCGCGCCGACGCCGUGCUCGACGAGGACCUCGGGUUCAAGGACCUCGAGGGCGUCGUCGCCUACAUGCACGGCUGGGACCGGGAGGGCCACCCGGUCUGCUACAACGCCUACGGCGUCUUCAAGGACAGGGACAUGUACGACCGCGUCUUCGGCGACGGCGACCGCCUCGCCCGCUUCCUCCGCUGGCGCGUCCAGGUCAUGGAGCGCGGCGUCCGCGCGCUCCAGCUCCGCCCCGGCGGCGUCAACGCCAUCAUCCAGGUCACGGACCUCAAGGACAUGCCCAAGCGCGAGCUCCGCGCUGCCUCCAACCAGAUCCUCUCCCUCUUCCAGGACAACUACCCGGAGAUGGUCGCGCGCAAGGUCUUCAUCAAUGUGCCCUGGUACUUCUCGGUGCUGUUCGCCAUGAUUUCUCCGUUCCUCACCGAGCGCACCAAGAGCAAGUUCGUCAUUGCGCGCGAGGGCAACGUCGCCGAGACGCUCUUUAAGUUCAUCCGGCCGGAGCUGGUGCCGGUGCAGUACGGCGGGCUGAGCCGCGCCGGCGAGCUGGAGAACGGCCCGCCGAAGCCGGCGUCCGAGUUCACCAUCAAGGGCGGCGAGAAGGUCUUCCUAGAGAUCGACGGCAUCGAGGCCGGCGCGACGAUAACGUGGGACCUGGUCGUCGGCGGGUGGGACCUGGAGUACGGCGCGGAGUACGUGCCGGCGGCGGAGGACAGCUACACGCUGUGCGUGGAGCGGACGAGGAAGGUGGCGGCCGCCGCCGACGAGCCGGUGCACAACGCAUUCACGGCGAGGGAGGCCGGCAAGAUGGUGCUGUCCAUCGACAACUCCGGCUCGCGGAAGCGGAAGGUCGCCGCGUACCGGUACUUCGUGCGCAAGCCGUCGGCGUAGGGUCGGGCGGCGGUGGCCGGCGGCUCGCCGGCCGGCCGGGAGGAUGGACGCGGGGCUAGUGGAGUGCUUUGCUUCGUUGCUUGGCUUUGAAGAUGAGAGGUUUUUAUUUAUUUAGGGCUACUUAAUUAGUGCAUGUACUAAUGCCAUAUGUAGAAUAUAAAUUGUAAGAGCUGUCACAACGAACGUAUCGUUAUCCUUAUAAAGCUUCGAGUUCACUGUUUUUUUGGCUAA